CAACAGCUAACGUAACGUCUCAACUUUAUUCUUUAGGCAAAAGACUGGCCAUAUAACCAUCAACUAGCCAAGACAAAUCAAGUGAUUUUUUAAAUUCAUUUUCAUUAAAGUUAAUCUAAGUUAGCUUAAUAAGGAAUAUAUUACUAUAAUGACAACUUUUGAAGAGAAUUAUUUUCAAAUUCAACAGUUAGCAGAGCUUCUUACACCUUCAAAGAGUGAUAGUGAUGAUGAGUUCAAGCCUAAACUUGCAAGUGGGAAAAACGUUGGUCUUAUAUCGUCUCACUUUGGUCCAGAUUCAAUUGGUUUACCAGAGUGUAAUGAAUCUGAAACACGCGAAAUAUCAAAAAAUAAAAAUGGUAUAAUUGAAGAGUCUGUGCUAAACGGUCAUGAUGAUAAAAGACAGAAGCCUUCAUAUGAUAUUUUAUAUAAACAACAGGUUACAACAGAGGAUGUCUAUCUUCAGAUGGGAAACAAAGGGCCAAGCUCAGUCAGCUGUGAAGAUAUGGUGAUCAGAAUUCACUUGCCUGGAACACAGUCAAUUGAAGAAAUCAAACUGGACGUGACAAAGUCAUUCGUAAACUGUUCUACCAAGACUUUUAGACUUGGUUUACACCUUCCUCAUCAGGUAGAUCCACAAGCUGGAAGGGCUGAAUGGAACGGAUGUAAAGAAAAACUUGUAAUUUCUCUCCGCUUGGUUCGUCCUUUUGAUGAAUUAAAUUUCUAG